GACAGGGACCGAGCGGCGGCGCGCACUCGCCCGGUGACCACCACACCCCUACCCCCUUCAGAGGUGUAAGAGGCGCGCCCAUAGCCACCGUAGAUCGGUUAUACAUAUAUAUAAUAUAUAUAUAUAUAUAUAUAUAUAGUAUAUUUUAAUUCUCCGCGCUCGUGAUCAUCAUCAUGUCGACGAUGCGGAUGCGCUUUCGGGCGCGCAUGAUACGGACCCGACUGGGGCUCUUCUUCCUUCUCUUCCUCUCCUCCUCCGCUGUCUACUUCAUGUACUCGGCCCCCGGCACCGUGAAUGAGUACCUGUUCAUGGUACAAGCGCGUGGCAUCCGGAUCCAGCAGAACGUGCGGACCUUUGGAGCCCAGGUCCUGGAGCAGGUGGUGCGGGGCACCUACAGGGGCACCGGCGGCGCAGAGUAUUUUUACAACCUCGAUGACAUUGAGUCCCAGCCGACGAGCAGCUACCUCCCCAGCGGGUUCACCUACCUCCCGAGCGAACGCUGCCCAGAGAAACUGCCCUCCAUGGUGGGCCGAGUGCAGGUGAACAUGAGUGAGGUGGCGCUGCCAGACGUGGAGAAAGCCCUGCUGCUGGGAAAUGCUCGUGUGGCCCCUGGGGGCCACUGGGACCCACAGGACUGUCUGCCGCGCUGGAAGGUGGCCAUCCUCAUCCCGUUCCGAAACCGCCACGAGCACUUGCCCAUCCUGCUCCGCCAUCUCAUCCCCAUGCUGCAGCGGCAGAGGCUGCAGUUUGCCAUCUAUGUCAUCGAACAGGCCGGCGAUCAGCCUUUCAACCGUGCCAUGCUCUUCAACGUGGGCUUCCGCGAAGCCAUGCAGGACAUUACCUGGGACUGUGUGAUCUUCCACGAUGUGGACCACAUCCCUGAGAAUGACCGUAACUACUAUGGCUGCGGGGAGAUGCCACGUCACUUUACCGUCAAACUGGACAAGUACUCCUACAUGCUACCUUACAACGAGUUCUUCGGAGGGGUCAGCGGUCUGACUGCUGAACAGUUCCGUAAAAUCAACGGCUUCCCUAACGCUUUUUGGGGCUGGGGAGGUGAGGAUGACGACCUGUGGAACAGGGUGCAAUUUGCCGGUUAUACAGUGAGUCGUCCCCCUGGAGAUGAGGGGCGGUACAUGUCCAUUCCACAUCAUCACCGUGGUGAGGCACAGUUCCUGGGCAGGUACGCACUUCUCCGACACUCCAAGGAGAGGCAAAAGCUGGAUGGCCUCAACAACUUGCAGUACAUCCCUCAGGUGUCACGAGAGCCUCUCUACACCAACAUCACUGUCAAACUGAGCCGAGACAUGGCCCCCAUGGUGGCCAACUCCUGACCUCACCCCAGAGGCCAGUGUGCUCCUCAGCCCACUCCAUUGGCUGGCUUCUGACCUCUGAUCUCUCAUACCUCAUUUUGGCCAUGCUGGGCUUACAGCAUUUCUUGCAUUGCUUCUACCUUGAUGUUCUUUUCUACUCUUAGAAAUCAAAGGUAUAUCAAUACCUUGAUUGCAGUCAUCAUCUCCAAGACUUUGACCCCACAGCCUUAUGGUUUCCAGUGCAGCUCCACUGGGAUGACUGAUUUGCAUACCUCCCCGAGCAGCCAUAUUUCAUUGGUUCAAAUGCUUCUUAAGCAGUUCCGGAAUUGGGGUGCAGAAGAUCUGAAGCACGUUGGACCCCUCAUGUGCCACUGCUAAAUAUCAGCCUGUUUUUACCAGCCUUACCUGAUGUGUGAAGCCAUGUGGCCUGCUUUCGCUGGCCGCCAACAAUGCCUUGUUUUGUAGUCUUCCAGCUUGCUUGGCACCUGCUGCAACCAUACAGCUUCCGUCCAUCUGGGGAGGAAAGGGAGAGGAGCUCAGCACUGAUCUAGAGACAUGCAGAUUUUCAUCAGGCAGCUAGGAAUCUAAGCCAGUGGUGGUGGCCAGAGAGACUUUGCUUGUCCCUACCUGCCUUCUAGUGUUCUGUACCUUUAGCACCCCGCAGCUCACCGUUGUCCCUCCAGGGCUCUCUGCCUGGCUUGCUGAAGGGGACCAUUCCAACCAUAGCCUUUCACCACACUGCCAGACUACUUUUUUCAGUUUGUGAUGUUUCCCUAUAUUCUAGCCUGAAGCGCUGCUAUGGUACUGUUGCAAGCACGUUGACCACCGAUGUCUGAUUGUGAUUUUAGGUUCAUGAUGAAAGACCGAGGAAUCGAAAACACCUGUUGAUUUGGUUAUGUACUCAUUUGCAUAGCAAGGUCAGGUGAGGGGGAUUUUUUCAGCAUGUCAUCGCAGAGACCUGGAGGUGGAUAUGUGAGUUUGCAGGAGGUCUCCCAUGUUCAUCUGCACAUUGCAAAGUUCCUGUCAGACCACAUAGCAACUAAAACUGAAAUGCAUGCUCAGCCCAGGGUUGAUUUUCCAGUCCGUUACGCUGAAACAUGAAGCAGAGAGAGAGUAAAGCUCCAGCGUGGAAUUAAAUGAAAAAAUAAUUUGUUUUAAGGCAUUUUGAAAGAACUCUCUCUGCUUGUCACAGAAUCCUCAGAACUGCAGACAUGCUGCUUUUUCUGUCCACCGCAGAAGGAGGCACUUGGUCACAGGGGCCGUACAACAGCGCCGUCCUCCACAGCAUGGGAGUGCAGUGCGUGUGCCCACAAAAGUCGUUUCUCACGUUUUUCAUUCUCACAGGCUCCAAGACCACAGCAAACAUUGUUUAGGGCACAGAGACAGGAGUCCUGCUCUCUUCUCAGUACACUGCCUACUUACGUUAAGAACUUUUGCUACAGACCUUGUUGGCUUUAAUUGCAUUUUCUUCACUCGUGACCUGUGUUUACCCACAGAGCCUAUAGAUGGCAAUAACGAGCAACCAAACGAAACGAACACAUGAGACCGCCUUAAUUCAACUCACUUCCACAGUGUUUACAACUCAUGUCUGGUGUUCCUGAGUAUCAGUGAUCAAUAUUAAGAUAUUUAUGAGCUGAAUCAACACUAAUUGACAAUGAAUAAGUGUUCGUGAAGACAAAGUUAAUACAAAUGUAAAGUUUUAAAUGAGUAUUUUUGAGACAGUAUAUUGUAGCUAUAGCUCAAGUUUUUAUACAAACCAACCAGUGAAUAUAUUGGGGACCUCUGUGUUACCUUUUAGCGAUCGUGACGUAUUGGUCAUAUUUAUGAACGGACCAAGACGAGGACCUAAAUACAAAGCACUCCAGAUGUCCAUGUUUGCACUGAGUGGUUUAAAGUUGUAAAUGAUGAUGCCUGUGAACAUGCCUAGAUUAAAAUUCCACAAUUUUUUACAUGUGGAUCACAAACUGUGUUGGUUUAUAUAAUCACAGACAAGCUGGUCUCUUGUUUGUUCUUUAUAAUGUAUGAACUAUGCUUUUUUCCCUUCAAAAUUUGUAGCCUUCACACUGGUAACGAUUUGAUGCGAACGCAUCAGCUCCAGUUCUUGUCGAGGGACACGUUCACUUCCCACUGAUGGAGACAGGGGGCGCCACUUCGAAUGAAAACUCAGGGAGGAGCGCAAUGCUGCCUUACACUGGUCUCCACUAAGCACCCCUGCCCCAGCAAUGAUGCAGCUGAUGGGGUCAAAGAGAGAAAUCCCCCUGAAGCAGGAGGCAGAGCUGGGAGGUGUGGCCUCCAUGUGGCCGGGGCCAGGUACCAGGUGCAAGACACAAAGUCCAUGAGGCCCUGAGUUGGAACAAACUGGCUGACCCCUGACGCCAUGUGGGCAUUUACCAUUCCAUCACGAAGGCAAUGAUAGUAUUGCCAGGGGCUUCAAGGAGGGGCACUGUCCCCACUCCCAGCAGGGCCCCCACCUUUCUCACACUUAUUUAUCUUUUACCACAAUUCAUGUUGUAUUCAUUUUAUGAAUAAGUUAUAUGCAUUAGGUUCUGUACCUGUACAUGUAGAUGUGCUGCUGUGAACAGCUGCAGGCCAAUGUGUGAUCGGUGCUUCUUUGUAAGAACAAGAACAAAUAAAUUAAACUUU